GCUGCAGCGGCGUUCGAUUUCAUUUACUGGCGCUGAAGGCAGCAGCGCUCACCACUGCACGUGAGACUAAGUAACGCUGUACCACUGAAUGGGUUUGGCGUUUCAAAGCUUUUUACCUUUUCGCCUGGCAAGCGCACCGUUGAACAGAAGACCGCAUACAGGCGUCUUCACACGUUCCUCUCCAGAGACCGAGUGAGCCGCGCGCUGCUGUGCCUACCAGCUCGCCCUCUCUGAGCACACAGACACGCGCACGAUGCGCGUGCACGCCCCGGCGCUGAUUAAUUCCAGGUCGCAGCGUCCAGGCUUCCUGUGCGGGUGUGUUUGUAUUAAAGAUGGCCGGGGAUGGAGGAGCGCUAAAGGAUUUCAAUGAGAUUAAAUGCCAGUUCAGGACCCGGGAGGGUUUUUACAAGCUGCUAACCCUCUCAGACUCUCAACAGCGGGGAGGUGGACCCCGUGGCCAAGCUGUGGCCACCGGAGUCGCUACCGGCUCAGGAGCGGGCUCGAUCCCCGGUGCUGGUGGAGGGGGCGGAGGAGGUGGAGGAGCUCCCGGUCCAGGUGCCGGUUCGGGCCCCGCGUCUGUCUCCUCGGCUUCAGCUACAGCAUCGGUCGCCCCCGGCUCAUCCUCCUCAUCCACCUCGUCCCCAGCCGGCUUUCUCCCACCGGUCCGGGUAUCCAUGGUGAAGCUGCAACCCGAGAGUCCCGGAGAGGAGUCUGAGAGGGUGUGCUUCAAUAUCGGCAGGGAACUCUACUUCUACACCUACACCAACAUAAAGAAGGCCGUCGAUCUUAGCAAACCAAUUGACAAGCGGAUUUACAAGGGGACUCAACCCACAUGUCACGACUUUAACCAGUUCUCUGCCACCGCAGAUAGCGUCUCCCUCAUCGUGGGCUUCUCCGCUGGACAGGUGCAGUACCUGGACCCCAUUAAGAAGGAGACGAGCAAGCUGUUCAAUGAGGAGAGACUGAUCGACAAGACAAAGGUCACCUGCCUAAAAUGGUUGCCGGAGUCGGAGCAGCUGUUUCUUGCUUCUCAUGCCAGUGGGAACCUUUACCUCUACAAUGUGGAGCACCCAUGUGGCUCCACGGCACCUCAGUACUCACUUCUCCGGCAGGGUGACGGCUUUACUGUCUACACCUGCAAAAGCAAGACCCCCCGGAACCCUCUUCUGCGGUGGUCAAUUGGUGAAGGCGGGCUAAAUGAGUUUGCUUUCUCCCCCGAUGGGACACAUUUGGCAUGUGUGGGUCAGGAUGGCUGCCUGCGUGUGUUCCAUUUUGAUUCUAUGGAGCUCCAAGGUGUCAUGAAGAGUUACUUUGGGGGGCUUCUCUGUGUGUCCUGGAGCCCUGAUGGAAAGUACCUGGCCACCGGGGGGGAGGACGAUUUGGUAACUGUUUGGUCCUUCGCGGAAGGCCGGGUGAUUGCACGGGGUCACGGACACAAGUCUUGGGUCAACGUAGUGGCCUUUGACCCUUACACUACUAAUCUGGAGGACGAUGAUCAAAUGGGAUUCAGCGGCAGUGAGGAAGACCUCCAAGACCCUAUUCAUUUUGGCCGGGUACGGACCAGCAGUACCCUGUCACGUCUUUCCAAGCAUAGUUCUAAAGCGGGGAGUUCUGUCACUUACCGCUUUGGCUCGGUAGGUCAGGACACGCAGUUUUGCCUCUGGGAUCUAACGGAAGAUAUCUUGUAUCCACAUCUCCCCCUGUCUCGAGCUCGGACCCUGACCAACACCUUCAGUUCCACUAUACCACCUUCUGUUAGUGGGGGUAGUAACCUCUGCAGCCUUGGGACCUCCACCACUGCCGAUGGCUCCGUAGGACACCAUCCGCAGCAUGGGCACCAUCACCCAGUAACUCACGGACCUCCAUUGCCUCGCUCGCUGUCGCGUUCCAACUCGCUUCCGCACCCAGCUGUCACUAAUGCCAGCAAGGGACAGACGGCAUCUGAAGGGAAUGCCCCCUUUAGCAUUGGCCGUUUUGCUACUCUUUCUCUGCAAGAGCGAAAGUCUGACAAGUCAAGUGGAGGCUCAGCGGAGAAGGAGCAUAAGCGUUACCACAGUUUGGGAAACAUCAGUAAGAGCAACGACAAGAUCAACGUGGCGCCAAGAAGUAGCCGUCUGGAUGCUGCCAAAGUGCUGGGGACCACCUUGUGUCCACGCAUGAAUGAGGUGCCAUUGCUUGAGCCGCUGGUUUGCAAGAAGAUUGCCCACGAGCGACUCACCGUCCUCAUGUUCCUUGAUGACUGCAUCAUAACUGCCUGCCAAGAGGGACUAAUCUGCACCUGGGCGCGGCCUGGCAAAACUACGUUGACUACACAGAACGGUAGCUCGCCGAGUGGGACGGUGGUGUAGCGCCUGAUAGUUUACAGCCUUAACCCUAAGAGCCCCUCCCCCACCCCCAUUAACAAACUCUGUGCACAACCACAAAGACUGAAGAACCCCCCCCCCACACACACACACACUUCUCCCACUGAAUCUUCCGCCUCAACCUGAUGGGGUGGGGGAGUGCAGGGGGGGGGGGGGCAGUUGGUGCUUCUUCGGAAACUAUAGAAAUAUGACUGUUGUAUUUUAUUUAUUUAUUUUAACAUACAGACUCUAGUAAUUUAUAUUGUAAAUACACAGAAUAUUCUAUAAAUAACAGAGAUAUUAGCUGUAUCAAAGUAACAAUUUAAUAUAUGAACUAUAUUGUAAAUAAUGAUAUUCAACCCCAAAAAGUCUGAGAUGGAAUUCUGAUUCUAGUGGUUAGCGAAUGACACAACUCUGCCUAAUAACGGUAUGUCCAUUAAAAGCUCAUUGAGAUGUCUCUUA